AUGAUUCUAAACGCUACGUCUAUGCAAGCUGUUACUUGGGGUGGGAAUCCGCUUCAAGUUAACGUGUCAACCCUCCCUAUUCCGCAAAUCCUCGACCCAACGGACGCAAUUAUCAAAGUCAGCCUAGCAGCUAUAGGCAGCGCAGAUAUUCACACUUACAAUGGGGUCUACGAGGACAAAGAGGUACCGUGGGUUAUGGGACAGGAAGCACUCGGGAUUAUCGUUGAAGUUGGGAAUUCAGUGACCUCAUUCUCUAUUGGCGAUAAAGUGGUUGUCCCAGAUCAAACUUCAAAUGGACUUGAGGAUCUCUCGACGGCAGAAUUGAUGGGUUUGGGACUAGGAUCGGAGUAUUAUCUGACGACGGGAUGUCAAGCGGGAUACGUCCGAGUGCCAUUCGCAAACGACAAUCUCUACCCCAUUCCUCAAAACGAUGCCGAUUCCUUGAAAUCUAGUGUUACAGACCUCGACCUUGACUAUCUCCUCGCAACCGGCAUAUUCGCAACAGGAUGGGGAGCCCUCGAUCUAUCCGGGUUCCAACCAGGAGACUCCGUCGCGAUUUUCGGUGCCGGCCCCAUAGGGCUCAUGGCUGUCUACUCAGCUAUCCUCCGCGGCGCCUCCCGCGUCUUCCUCAUCGACGGCGAUCGUCAACGUCUAUCAAUCGCCGAGGGCCUCGGCGCGAUGCCGAUUGACCUCACCCACUCUGAGCCAAUCUCAAAAAUCCUCCGCCAGGAACCAGACGGUGUUUUCCGGAGCGUGGACUGUGUUGGAAUCGAAGCUGCGACCAAACUCCACCGGACAGAGGAUAAAGUCCUGCAAAACAUGACAGCUAUCACGAAAGAUGGUGGUGGGAUUGGUCGAGUGGGUACUUUCAAGACUACGAGUAAUUCAUCGAGUACAUCGCCGUGGCAGUUCCUACUGCCCAAUUUCCAGCUUGCUGUGUCUGGAUUGUUCAAGAAGGAUCCGCAGGUUCGAUCAGGUGUUAUCGACUCGGCUUUGAUUGCUCCGAAAUUAAUCGAGAUGAUCUCAAAGGGCAAGGCUAGACCUAGCUUAAUUGUGAGCAGUAUCAUCGAUGUGAAUGAGGCGCCGCAGUUUUAUGAGAGGGCUAGUCAGCAUUUGGAGACCAAGGUUGUGAUUAGGUUUCCUUGA